AUGGAAAUCUUGAAAAUCCAUUCUGCUGGAAUGGCUAAACAUGGUGAAAUUGACUAUGAAGCAAUUGUAAAACUUUCCGAGGGUUUCAAUGGGGCUGAUCUUCGGAAUGUCUGCACUGAAGCUGGGAUGUUUGCAAUCUGUGCUGAACGUGAUUACGUCAUUCACGAAGACUUUAUGAAAGCUGUACGAAAGCUAAAUGAAGCAAAAAAGCUAGAAUCCAGUGCGCAUUAA